CAGCAGGAGAAGUCACGAAGAAAUGAAACAUGGCGGACUCGGAUGGGAGACAGGUUGACAGCAUCAACCAUGCUACAGGUGAAGAAGGGAAGUUCCAAGAUAUUGUAAAAGCGAAGAGUGAAGGUAAGGAGUUGACCAAAGAAGAAAAGCAGCGUCUUAGGAAGGAGAAGAAGCAGCAUAAAAAGAAUAAAAAAGAUGACAACAAGGGUCCUCCAGAGAAGGAAAAGGAGACAGAAAAAGAGAAAGCAUCUGCUCCACCUCCAUCAAAACCUGUCACCCAGAGCCCAGGACAUAAAGCAGCUGCUCCAGCACCUGUGAGUGCACCUGCAUCUGAAACUCCUGCGGCUGCAGAGAAGCCUGCAAAGACCAAAGCAGAGCUGCGAGCAGAGCGACGGGCACGGCAAGACUCAGAACGAGCAUCAAAACUGGGCAAAAAGGAAGGUGGUCAACAAUCCACCUCCAGCAAACCUAAAGCUUCCCCCAAUGAGCUCCAGCCAGUAGUGAAAAGGUUACCAGAGCAUGUUCAGGUGGAUGAUCCUGCUGCGUUGAAAAAGUUGGCCAAGAAGCUUGAGCGACAGCAGGUUCCUUUGAGGUCAGAUUAUGGCUACAAGGUCAGCCUGUUCUCACAUCUACACCAAUACAGCCGAAAAAACCCUCCCACGCAGCAAAUCAGCAUCCCAGCCACAGUUAUUCACCCAUCCAUUGUUCGGUUGGGCCUGCAGUACUCUCAGGGCAUUAUAGCAGGAUCCAAUGCUCGAUCUGUGGCCCUACUACAUGCCUUCAAACAGGUUAUUCAAGACUAUAGCACACCUCCAAACGAGGAGUUGUCAAGGGACCUUGUGAACAAGCUUUCACCCUAUAUCAGUUUCCUUAGCCAGUGUCGGCCUCUGUCUGCCAGCAUGGGCAAUGCCAUCAAGUACAUAAAGAAGGAGAUUUCAAAUAUACCCAAUCAAUGCAAAGAAGAGGAGGCAAAAGGGAAACUGCAGGCAUGUAUUGAUAGUUACAUAAAUGAGAAGAUAAUUUUGGCUUCUGAAGCAAUUUCUAAAUAUGCUAUUGAGAAGAUAAGCAAUGGAGACGUCAUUCUAGUUUACGGCUGCUCGUGCACUCGUCAAUCACAUCCUGUUGCGAAAGCCUUUGAGAAGCAGAGGCAGUUCAGAGUCAUAGUUGUUGACAGUCGACCCAGGUUGGAAGGUCGAGAGGCACUGAGGCGUCUGGUGAAGAAAGGCAUCCGAUGUACUUACGUGCUCAUUUCUGCCUUGUCCUACAUUCUGCCUGAAGUAUCCAAGGUAUUUCUCGGUGCCCAUGCGCUCCUUGCCAAUGGAUAUGUGAUGUCACGUGUUGGAACUUCCCAAAUUGCCCUGGUAGCAAAAGCCUACAAUGUACCAGUGCUGGUCUGCUGUGAGACCUACAAGUUCUGUGAACGAGUGCAGACGGACUCUUUUGUGUCCAAUGAAUUAGAUGACCCCGAUGACCUGAUUGUGACCAGAAAUGGGAAGACCCAUUUAGAGAACUGGCAGACUGUUAAAUCACUGGGCCUUCUGAACUUGGUGUAUGACGUGACGCCACCAGACUUUGUGGACCUUGUGAUCACUGAUUUGGGCAUGAUCCCCUGCACCUCUGUGCCUGUGGUACUGCGAGUCAAGAAUGUAGAUCAGUGAAGAGCAGAUGCACACACUUCUGCUUCCCUCUUGAAUCUGUGCACACAGGGCUUCUGGCAUGAAACGAACAUAUCUAUCAAAUGGAACAAGCUUUUCAAAUAUAGCUGCUGUUUAUGUCCUCAUUGAUGGGACUCCAUUUCAUUUUGAAUCGUGCAACUGGUCCUAUUCUAUUUUUUUUUAAUGACAGUUGGUUUCAGACAGAACAUUCUGAGAUCAGUUUAUGAAAUUGGUGUAAACACAAUGUAAAUUGUCAGUAAUGCAUAUUUGAUUUCAGUUUUGGCCCAUCAUGAUGGUCAGUGAAUAGACAUACAUGUUUUAAGAAAUAUUUAUCAUCUUUUUUCAAGAUUACCCUUGCCAAAGUCCUUUCAUAGAUGUGAAAAAAGGGAACAGUGCAUAUGUGUGUGCAAGACCAUGUUGUACGUAUAAGGGGUUUUGUUUAUAUGACCAAAACCUUGGAAAUGCUACAAGAAAAUAAAUGGUUUAGAUUAAAAAAU